AUGCCCAUCAAGUCGGUGAUGCCAUCCAGCCAUCUCAUCCUCUGUCGUCCCCUUCUCCCUCCCAGCAUCAAGGUCUUUUCCAAUGAGUCAACUCUUCGCAUGAGGUGGCCAAAGUACUGGCGUUUCAGCUUCAGCAUCAGGCCUUCCAAUGAACACCCAGGACUGGUCUCCUUUAGGAUGGACUGGUUGGAUCUCCUUGCCGUCCAAGGGACUCUCAGGAGUCUUCUCCAACACCACAGUUCAAAAGCAUCAAUUUUUCAGCACUCAGCUUUCUUCACAGUCCAGCUCUCAAGGGGGCUCAAUUACGUGUGCAUCCAGACAGUCUCAACAACACACUGCUCUCUCUCAAGCCUGUGUCCUUGA